CAGAAGAAGACAACAAUGUGUAAUAAUGAAGAACAUAGAGAUCACCUCCUUAAUUUCCUCUCCCUCAGAGAUUUGUCGCCAUUGCUUCCUCGGCUCCUCCGAGGUCUGAACUACUACCAAAGCGAUGCCGCCGCAAUGGACGUUCAUCUGCCUAUCUUUGAUCCUGGCGGCCAUCAGUUCAGCUGACCUCCGUGGAGCUGGGCACGCAGUCCCUCUACGCACCACGCCGGAGGGUAAUCUUCGGAUGCGGGGCGGCGCGCCUUUCAAGAUUGCACUCUUUGCUGACCUCCACUUCGGUGAGGCCGCGUGGACGGAGUGGGGGCCGCGGCAGGAUGUCAAUUCUGUGGGAGUUAUGGCUACUGUACUGGAGAAAGAGCAGCCAGACUUUGUAGUUUAUGUUGGAGAUGUGAUCACGGCCAACAACAUCAUGAUAAAAAAUGCAAGCGUUUACUGGGAUCAGGCAGUAUCGCCUGCAAGAGUCAGGGGAAUUCCUUGGUCCAGUGUUUUUGGAAACCAUGAUGAUGCACCGUUUGAGUGGCCGAUGGAGUGGUUUUCAGAAACUGGAAUUCCUCAACUUCAUUGUCCAGCUACAAAUGCCUCGUUUUCUGGUGGUGAAGAAUGCAGCUUCAGAGAUACAACACGUUUGGAGUUGAUGAAAAGUGAAAUCGAGCAAAACACGUUAUCUUACUCUAAGGAUGGCCCCCAAAAUCUAUGGCCUAGCAUCUCGAAUUACGUUCUCCAACUUUCAUCACCAAGUAAUUCUCAAGAAGCUGUAAUUUUCAUGUACUUCUUUGACUCUGGUGGAGGGUCGUACCCGGAGGUCAUAUCUAGUGCCCAAGUAAAGUGGUUUCAGCAGAAGUCUCAGGAGGUGAACCCUGAUUCGAGGGUUCCUGAAAUAAUAUUUUGGCAUAUUCCGAGCCAAGCAUAUGAGAAGGUGGCUCCAAAGUCCUACGUAAAGAAACAUUGUGUGGGCUCGAUUUUCUUGGAGGAUGUUGCUGCUCAAGAAGCUGAAAUGGGGAUAAUGAAAGUUCUUGAACAAAGGCCUUCUGUUAAGGCUGUGUUUGUAGGCCACAACCAUGGAUUGGACUGGUGCUGCCCAUACAAGAAGCUCUGGCUAUGCUUUGCUCGUCAUACCGGUUAUGGUGGGUAUGGAAACUGGUCAAGAGGAGCUAGAAUUCUGGAAAUCAAUCACCAACCCUUCUCUCUCAAGUCAUGGAUUAGGAUGGAAGACGGACACUUACAUAGUGAAGUCCUCUUGAGCUCUUGAUGUUUCUCGUCCUCUCUCUUACUCUUUUGUUUUCCUGAGAAACAAAAAGGUAUAUACUUAUGUUGUCUACUGAACAAGAAAAAUCCCAUGACUUUAGCUCGGAAUUGUAUAUAGCACUGUUCUGAUAUGUAAAUAAUAGCAUCCGCCAUGACUGUUACAAUGAUAUCGUCAAAUGCUACAAAAUCGAGACGACAAGAAUUUUCUUUA